UCGAGGAUGUGACAAAUCGCUUCGGUCUGCUAUUUUGACUCGUCAAUAACAACCAUUUUCUGACUAUUAAACGUUGAUUCAAACGACUUUAUCAUGUUUGAUGUUGCAUUAGGAGAUGCUGGAGCUCAGGUGGUUCUUGUCACUGCAAGUGAUGAACGAUUUCCACCUGAAAACAUCAUAGACGGGAAAUCAGAUACGUUUUGGUCGACAACUGGAAUGUUUCCUCAAGAAUUUGUCAUUUCAUUUACCUCAUUGAUGAAUAUCAACAGCAUAAAAAUUGAAAGUUAUAACGUCAACAAAAUGUUUGUGGAGAGAAGUGUACAAAAUGAACCAGUUGACUUUGAGCCAUUAGACGAAAGAGAGGUCGACGCAACAGACUCACAGCUGCAAAUUGAAGAAGUACGGUUGCAGUCAACGACCGCCCAGCAUCUCAAGUUUGUCAUCAACUCGGGACAUAAUCACUUUGUGUCUGUACAUCGAGUCCAUGUGGACGGUACGGCUGUUCAUAAAUAAACAGGAGACUUUGCUAGGAUUAAAAAAAUUUUUUUUAUCAUUUACACAUUUUACUUAAAGAGAAAGGGCAAGCUUGCUAUCUACAGUCUGCAGGCUUCUACAGUAUCUGCUGGUUGGACGAUAUUGACUCGAUGUAUAUACUCGGCAGAAUGAUAUUGGACCACGCUGUUAACCAGUAGACGACUACUUCUAGUUCAAUUGGCCUCUGUGUAGUUUACUUGAGAUUUCGUUUCAGUGUCCUCUGAUGAUAGCUUUCACCUUUGUAGGUUAGACUCUACACUUUUUGUGACAGAUUGCACUGCAGUUGGCGAGUGUACCAUGUUUGUUGAAAUUAUUGUCUCUCACAACAGUAGAAGCUCAUCUAAUGUGUUUGAAUUCCGUCCAUUCAAUAAAACUCCAUUGCUGAAGA